AUGCGGCAACCUCGGAACCCCGACGACUGGGCGCCGGCUCUCCCCUCCCCAGCGGGCGGGCGAGAGGCGGCCGGUCGCGGCCCCGUGCGUCCCCGACUCGCCCAGCGCGUGUCGGAGGGCCCUCGGGAGGCGCCGCGUGCUCUGCGGAUGUGGUGGAAUCGGUCGGGCGCGGGGGCCUCGGCGCCCCGACCCCGAGAUGCGCGCGCGGCGGGCGGGACGGGGAGACCACCGCGGGGCGCGGGGAGGUGCGUCGUGUGGCGCGGGGUGGGGGCGUCUCGGCGCCCUCCUCCGCUCCCCACCGACGCCACCCCCGCCCCACCCCUCGGGUCGGUCGUCUCUCGUCCCUCGACCCGCCGGCGCGCGCGCCCGUUCGAACGACCGCCGGCGUGCGGACCCCUCGCAACCCCGCCGAGCGCGAGCGCGGUGGGGUGGUCGAGGGCCGCGCGUGCGGGCGUCGCCGGAGGACGUGCUACCUGGUUGAUCCUGCCAGUAGUCAUAUGCUUGUCUCAAAGAUUAAGCCAUGCAUGUGUAAGUAUGAACUAA